UGGGCCAGGGAGACCGGGCCGAGCUGGGGAGACCGGGCCUGGCCGGGGCCCUGGGCAGCUCCUGCCGUGCCGCCCCGGGUCGCUCCUCCGGCUCCCGGAGCUGGAAAAGGGUUUCGUGAAGGCGGGAGGGUCCCAGGCCGCGGCUGAGCCGGGCAGCUCCGUGCAGCGCGGCGGCUGCUCAGCGCUCCCUGCCCGGCCCCGCUGCCCGGCCCGGCCCCGGGGGCGGUCGCUGUGCCCCUGCCGCCGCUCCGGAGGGGGCCGAGCCGCGUCGGGAAGCUUGGGAAAGAACUUAAUCCCUUUCGCAAGAGCUUGGGGCUGUGCCGAGGGAGGUUGUUGCUCUGAUUCUUGCCUUUGAUCCCAGGGGGUUUGUCCCGCCAAGCUGGGCGGGCUGCGGGGGGGCCCUGGGGAGACGCUGAGGGAGCAGCUGGCAGAGCAGGGCUGUGCUGCAGCCACAGGGAAACACACCCCGCCCCUCUGCUCCACACCCAGCCCCUCUGCUCCACACCCAGCCCCUCUGCUCCACAGCCCCACACACAGCCUUUCUGCUCCACUCGCAGCCUCUCUGCUCCACACACAACCCCACACCCAGCCCCUCUGCUCCACAGCCCCACACACAGCCUUUCUGCUCCACUCGCAGCCUCUCUGCUCCACACACAACCCCACACACAGCCCCUCUGCUCCACAGCCCCACACACAGCCCCUCUGCUCCAUACACAGCCCUCAAAACUCUGCCUUCAGAGCUUCACUUCCCUGCUUAGCUUUUCCUCAGCAGGCCACCAGCCUGACCUGCAGGAAUGAAAAAAAAAACAACCCAACGCAUCCAUGUGUUAAAUUCCGACCUCAUUUCCACCUUUUCCUUGUUUUGGAGAGCAUAAACCUCUUGCAUAACUGCAGCCUGGCUUGCAGGGAGGGACUGGAGCCAGCCCACCCCUGUGUGAGGAGCUGCCUGAGGAGACUAGAAGCCAAGAGGGACCUUGGGUGUGUGGGUGGGGUAGCCUGUGGCUGAGCUUUUCUCUCUGUACAUCUGAGAGGAAGAUAAAAAUCCACCUUCUGAAAGGUGGUUCCUCUUGGAGAUGGUUGGCAGGGAGGAUGGUGGCUGGAGGAAGAAGGACUCAGUGGGCAGCACUGAGUUUGUCACCUGUGGAGCAAGUGCUCCACUUGAAAAGCAUGGUUUCUUUUGGGCUUCUUAAUAAACCUAGAUGGCAUGACCCACGGCCUCUCCUAAAGGGUUUUCCUGCUCCAGGAUCUCCCCUGAGUCCCAGUUGUGACUGGUGGCUGGAAGCAGUGGCUGUGCUGCUGGUGCAGGUGGGGAGCCCUGGGGGUGAGGAGGGGGAUGGCUCUGACCUGGGAGAUGCAAACAACUCACCCCCUGCUGCUCGUGGAGCUGAGCAAAGGGCUUUGCAGCAGCUGGGGAGGACAAGUGGCUUGGAUCCCAGAAGUCUGUAAGGGCUGGGAUGCUAAAUGGCACAUGUUUCUGCUGCUCAGUUGUUGUUACUGGCCUAAACUGUGAUCAGGUCCAUGCAGCUUUAGUGCUGUUCUUCACCUUGGAGACUUUUCUUCUUCUGAUCUUGGGAAAAAAAAAAAAAGUGCUGGGUUGUGUUUUGCUCUUCACUAACCAGGUUGAGUUUCUCUGCUGGAACCCUGACUGUAGGGAAAACUGCCCUGGAGAGAGGACUUUUCUCCUACAGACGACAGAUGUGUCACAUUCUAAGGUGACAUUUGCUUGUGCUCUGGAGGAGUGUCCAGUCCAUGUGCUGCAGAUGCUCCAGGCACGUGUUGUGUCUGCACCAGAGGGUUGAGUGUCACUUGAGAAGAACCUGGUGAUGGGAAGAGACCGACUUGAACCGAGGGAAAAUAACCAGAGGCAGGGGAGGGGGAAGGGCAGCUGUGGCAGCAGAACGUGGGUGUUUCUCUGAGCCUGGUCUUUAUUGUCACCUGUGUUACAGACUGUAAAGGCUGUAAGGAGCCAGCAAGAGCUCUGGUGGUGGCAGGGGUUGGUCUUCUCCAGGCACUUCUCCCCCUCCAGCCCCUGCCUGUGGCUUUUAGAAAGAGCUGUGAGCUGCAGGUGCUCCAGCAAAGCUGUGCACUCAGUGCAGGCUGAGUGUGUUUGGAGAGGAAAAUCUCCUCCUCUGGGGGAAACCUUUCCUGUCAUUUCCUCGUGGCUGGAUCCUGGUGUUGGUUGGGGCUGCAGAAAGGGAGAAAAGUGACCCUGUAAUGUCUCAGUGUUGCAGCAGGUGACUGCCUGGUGGGUUCCCUGCCGUGCCCACCUGAGACAUCUGCUCAAAACUGAACAGGCUGCUCAGCUGUGGAGCAGUGGAAGGCAGCCAUGAAGGGAGCACAUCUCGUUCAGACUCAAAUUUGGAAGUGUUUGUGUCAUUCUUGGUCGCAGCGUGGGGCUUUGGGAGUUUCUGGCUGAUGGGAAGGAAACCUGUGAGGUGCUUCAAGCCAAAAAACACAGAACCAAAACAUCCAAGUGCUGUAUUUGUGUUCCUGAGGUGGCCAGAGUCUUGAGUUCCUCAUUCUGUGAAAGGCACAAACAUGUGGAACAUCCAGUCUAAGUUAGGAUACGUUGCCAGAGGUUUUCCAGGAAGAACUGGUGCCUGCUGAGAUGACAAAUGCUGUGGUUUGGUGUUUUAGGGGUGGAAAAUGAGUGAAACCUUCCACCACACUGAGACUUGGGUGGUUUCUGUGCCUGCUUCCCACACACCUGCCUGUGUGUGGGUCUCUGUGCUCCACAGGCUGCCUGUUAAUGACAGCUUGUCCCUUGGCUCUGGCUGUGGCUUGGCCCUGCCUGCUGCACCCCUUCCACUGCUCUGCUUCAGACCAGAUCCAUAAAUCUGGGCUGUAGUUCUGGGAGAAGAGGGAAGUCAGUGCCCCAGCAGGGUGAGCAGAGCUGUUUGUCCGGAGCGCAACAGUCCUGGGCUCGGAUCUGGUUCUUGCAGUUUCUGAUUGUUUCCUUUCCUAUGAAGCCUUUUUCCCAUGUUUUCUCCCAGUGAGUUCUCCCAUGUGGAGCACCCACUGGUGCACCUCCCACUGGUGCUGGUGCUGGCUGUGGGAUCUGGUGCCUGCAGCCUGUGUUGAUGAUGCAGCAGCACAGGGCCCUGUCACCCCAUGUUUCCUCACAAGGUGCCUGGUUGCCUUAAACUUCCCAGUGCAUUAUUUCAUGUCCUCUACCAGCAGGAGACAAGCAAGCUGGCUGCUAGAGGAGGGUAAAACCCUCUGAAACACACCCUGUCAUUUUCUGCUUCUCUUCAAUUAAGCUGAUUACCAGGCUGCUUUGUUGUUCAGAGCUCAGAGUGUUCCACAUGCUGCCAGCAUGUACUUUGGCGUGGGGUUCCCUGCAUUCUGGGAGUCUCUGCCAUGGACCUUUGUGGUCCUGGCUCUGGCAACUGCCUCUGCUCUGGCAGGGCUGCAAAGGGCAUUGUUCAAAUCCUGAAAGGGAAGAGAAGGAAUUGCUUUAAAGGCUUCGAGGGCUUUUUGUCAUUGGUGGCUCCCAGGGUCAUUGCUGCGAAAGAGGGGGAAUUACUGGGGCUGUCAGGAUAAUUGCCAGAUGUUAUUGUUCUCAUCCCAGUCUGGAUGACAGUGGUGUGAUGUCUGUGAGGCACAAAAACACAGCAUAAUGCUCCAUAGGGUGUUAAGAUAGGGGCCCUGUUGGACUAAGGGAGAAGAAGCCUGGGUUUGGUUCUUCUCAAGAAGUUCUGCAGGGGCUGGAAGCGCCCGGCUGUGCCCUGGAGGGCUCUGGCUGGGGGGCUGCUGGGGGCUGUGGGGUUGUGGUGAGGCCCUGUGCUGUGGCAGCUGGUUACUGCAGGGAGAGAUCCCCCAUGCCCUGCCUCUGGGGACAGGCAACCAGGGCCCCACGGGCCAUCUGCCUUUGUCACCAGGGAGGCUACGUGUCCCCUUCCGUUGCUCUGCUCUGGUAAAUCAUUUGCUCAGCCAGUGCCUGCAGCCUUGUACCUUGUACCUGCUGGAGCUCAGGGGCUCAGCCAGCUCCACUGCUGGAGCAGUGCCUGGUCAGGGGAAGGCUGCAUGCACAACUCUUCCUUUCCUUCCCCCUUCCACCUGGAGACUCCCUACCCCUGUCUGGUGCCUGGUCUGGAAGCAGCUGGUCUGGUGGGGUGUCCCUGCUGUUGCUGGUAGACUGAUGUGAAGGGCAAUGAGGUCUUUGGACUAAGAUACUUCCAAAUACUUGGAUACUUGGCCUAAGUCUUCCAAAGCCUAAGAGGCCUUUGGAAGAAGAUCCAGCUUCUGCAUUAUUGAUUGAAUUGCAUUUGCAUGGUAGAGUGCAGCUUGAAUUAAAUUAUCUGGAGUGAGAUCUCGUGCUCCAUGUGCUGGUGUAGAAGAAAUAUUGGGCUGGAGUAAGUGCUGGUGGAACUCCAGCCUUGAGGGUCCACCAGGCACUGAGGUUGACUGGGGGCUCAACAGCAGCAUGCCAGGCUGUCCUGCUCACCCCUUGAGCUCAGCCCCUGCCUUGCCCUGGGUCUGUGUCCCCUGCAAUUUGUACCCCGAAGAGAAGAGUCCUCCACAGGUCUCAAGCCCCAGCUGCCUGGGGGAGCCUGGCAUCUCCUUUGUGUCUCUGAACCUGUAAAUGAGCUUGGGCAUGAAACAUGAGACUUAACAAGCCCUGAUGUUGGUGGCCUUGACAGGCUCUCUGCUUUGUGUUGGGGCUGAGUUGAAGUUAUUUUCUGCUGGGGAAGUGAAUUGCUCCAGCAGACAACCCAGGCACGUGACCACUGGGGCACAGUCAUGGAAAAUUGGCUCAGUUGUCAUGUCUGUUUGCACUGAUAGAACUUUUUAUGGCACUGUCAGGCAGCUUUUUCCAAGCCUACUGGAAUGUGUGAUUCUUUAUUUCUUUCCUUCUGCUAUUUUUUUUUAAAGAAACACUAUCAGAGAAGCUGUACAUCAAGUUGAUGUUUGUUGUAACCAACUAGAGCUUUUUCUUUUUUUCCCCCUUUUCAUAACAAAUUAACACAGACGCCCUCUUGUUAUUGUAGCUGUAGCUCAAGAUUAUGACUUAUAGCAGGAGAAGCUAAACCAGCAGUUGUUAGCAAUUCUUCCAUUCUAAUGAAACCAGAUUUGCCUGAUUUUAGUCUCAGCUCCUGCCUUCUUUCACCCCUGGGGAGGGAAAGAAUCACUCUCUUGGUUUCUGCAGGGCUGGGGUGUGAAACUUAUCAAGUGGUUUCUCAUCUGAGCUGUUGGAUGGCUUUGGUUUGUUCCUGGGCAGAAGAUGCUGGUGUUUGUUUCUCUCUCUCCCUCUCUGGGAAGCUCAUGUACUCAUUGCAUUAGGGAACAGCCUUACGUUGGGAUAUAAAGGUCAGGAGUGUUUCCUUUCACCUCUCCAGCUGGGAGGCAGACUGACAGACAGGGGAGGUGGCAAGAAGUCUUUGCAGCAGAAGGAGCUUUUGGUGUGUUUUCCUUGAAGAAGACCUACAGAGCAGCCAGUCCUCUCCAUGCAGAGGCUGUAGCUUUCUUUGCCCGGGUCUAGCAGAGCUGAUUUCCAUCUCUGAGGAAGGAGAAACCCUGGAAUUCCUGCAUCCCCAUGGUCUCUUCCCCAUUGCUCCAUCUGGGAGACCCCUGGUACCAACAGCACUUUGUGACAACAGACUGAUUUCCUCUCCUCCCACCCAGCAUUCCCGGUGUGAGUAUCAGGUGAAGGGGGAGGAGGGUGUCUGCGUACCCAUGAGUGAGCUGCCAUGGAUAACAAAGACUCAGAGGCUGAGAUCCACCCUCUGAAGACUGAGGACGUGAAACUUCAAGAGAACCAUGAAAACUCAGUGGAGAGAAGAAGGAUUCUCACCAAGCAGCCCUCCCAGCUGUCCCGGCUGUCCCGCUGGCGCACUGCUGCCUUCUUCAUCUCCUUGUUCCUCUGUCUGAUCAUUGUCUUUGCUUUCUCCUUUAUCAUUCCUUGCCCAGAGAGGCCAGUUUCAGAAAGAACCUGGUUCCGAAACUACGACAAUGCAGUGGCCUACAAGUUUCUUGCUAUAGAAGAUGUGAACAAAGACAAAGUGCAGGAUGUCAUCUUUGCCUUCAAAGCUGGCAAUGGCAGCAGCAGCUUCAACACCUCCUGUCUGGAUGAAGGUCUGCCUUCUCCCUGUGCCUUCCUUGCUGCUGUGUCUGGCACGAAUGGCAGGGUGCUGUGGGAGAGGCCUGCAGCCCGGGAGGUGGAGUGGUUGGAAUGUGGCAUCCAGCAGCUCGGGGAGGCCAAGGCCCCGGGUUGCCUGCUGAUGGGGAAGCCCGAGGCUCUCACGGCAGUUGACCUGCAGACAGGAGAGGUUCAGUGGAGACAAUCCAGUGACUUGGGAGCUAAUUACACCAUCCUGCCUCCUGUAGCAGUGAUUCCAGAUGUGGAUAGUGAUGGAGUGCAGGACCUGAUCAUCUUUAUUGCUACAGGAAAUAAGGUGAAGACCUUCAUCCAUUCAGGAAAAAAUGGCAAGCAGAUUGGCUCCCCUGGGAGCCUGGAUGUGGAUGGGAAAGCUCAUUAUUUCAGGCAGAAUCUGGUGUCCUCCUCCUACUUCCUUUUCUAUACAGAAAACUCUCUCUAUGCAUAUUCCCUGAAGGAUCUCUACAGUGCAGCAACAGGGAUGGAAAGGAAGCUUCCCAGCCUUGAGCAAGAUCCUCAGUGGGAGAAGAACAUUGACCCCAUCACGCGCCGCUUGGCCCUUCUCAGUGAGCCUCUGCUUGGGUACUACAAACCUGAUGUUCUUGGUCUUGUCCUUGAGAGUGAAAUUGAACCCAACAGAAAGAAGGUGAUGAUUGUUGAGAGUGGAUCUGGAGCAGUCCAGUGGGACCUGAAGCUGAACUGGAGAGCAGGGAGCCCUGGGCCAGCCACACUUUCCACUGCGGAUCAUCGCUCCGCCUUCCUCCUCUGGGGGGAGUACCAGGCAGCAGGGAACCAGACGAGAUCCAGAACUCCUCUCCAGAAGCUCUACCUUUUCCAUCCUUCCUACACUAACGUCCUCUUGGAGCUCCGCAAUAGCACAGACCAAAUCAUUGGGUUCACUGCCGCGCUGUUCGAGCGGAGCCGCCACGCCUGCUACGUGCUGCUGAGGGGCCCUCAGCCCGGUGAGGAGCCAGGGCUGGUGUCCCUGAUGAAGCGUAAGCUGAAGGAGGACGUGUCCCAGAGCAGGGUGAUCUGGCUGAACCAGGUGGCAGUGGACACUGAGCAGUACGUCCGGGACCGCCUCUACAGGAUGCGAUUCCACAGCCGGGAGUGAACUGGGCGAGGGAGGGGAGAGCCUGUCCUGGCCUAGGCAUCUCCCAGCUGCCUCUCCUCUGCAGCCCUGCUCCCAGCAGACCCAGAGCACCAGUUCCAACAGGAAGCUGCCUUUCUGCAUCUGCAAACCAAAGCGUGGCUGGUGGGGAAGCACCCUCAGUGUCUGGGGUUGCCCAGGCUGUGGGGGCACCUGCCAGCGCAUCUGUCGCCAGAGCUGAUGGGACUUCAGUGCUUGGCCAGCACUGAGGUGUUGUCACCUUGAGGCAGAGGGGUUUCCUUCUCUGUCCCCCUGUGCCCACAGAGCUGUGCUGGCUCAGCCUGUAGCUGGAGGGAAACACGUGCUUGCUGGGGAUGCUGGAGCUGAUUGUUUCUUGGGUGCUUGUGUGAGAAAUGGAGCUUUGGUGUGUGUUUCCUGAGCCAGCUCUGCUCACUGCAGGAGAGGUGCUUGGCUGCAGGUCGAUUUGCACUCCCCCUCUCCUGGAUUUGGGCCCCUGCUUUGGUGGUCAUGGUGUGUGUGUGGUGACGGACCCCAGCCCUGGCUGAGGAGGUGGCUGGCUGUUCCCUGGGCCAGCAGAGCACAGGUUAAAGUGUCAUUCUACUGAGAAAAUGGCCUUUUCUCCCAAGAGCAGCCCCAUGUGCCCCAGACUGCAGUCACAAGCCUACCUGUGUCUCUCUCUGUUGCUUCCCUUCCAGCCAGGCUGUGACAGAAAGGGAGCUGGUCUCCCCCCUGAUUUAUGCUUCAGUGUUCCUCUCUGUCCCCAGUCUGAUUAUAGAUGAUACAAAAACCACCCUGAGUCCAGGCUGGCUGGUCCCUGCUGGCUCAGAUACCACCUAUCCUGCUGGUUCUGCAGUGCCAGGGGAUCUAGGACAUUUUUCCAAAGUAGAAUUGCACUUUACCUUUGCCUGGGAGCUGGGCUUCCUGCUGUGGGCAGCCCUGUCCCCACAUGGCAAUGCCAGCUCUCCUGCAGAUACUCCUUCAGUCUUGCAGCUGCUGAGGAGUCUUUCCCAAGCAUUGUCCCCUCUGCCAGGGGGUGGGCAGGCUGUAGGACAGGCACAGCUGCUUGGGAAGUAGGGCAGAGCUCUAGAGAGCUCUCUGCUCCCUCCCUGCCCUGGGAAUGAAGUGAUGCUGGGUGAGGAUCUCCAGGUUCUGUCCUCUCUGUCCUGCCUAAGGGAAUGGGACAGGUUGCUGUGUGAAGAUGAUGUCGCUUCUGGAGACUUCUGCAGGACUUCUGAGACUUGUGGUGGGCACCAACAUGGAUGGUAGAAAUGAGGUUGCAAAGCCUGGAGAAUGGUUUGAAUUGGCUGUUCAGUCCUGAAGGCUGCUGCCCCCACACCAGCCACGCUGGGACAUGAGUCCUCUCCAUCAGCUGCUUGGGUGUCUGUGAUGGGUGAGAGGAAGGUGGGCAGAAAGCACACACCCUGCAGAUAACCUCUGAAGUUUCCUGGUGCCCGAGGGGGUUCAGCUGAUGUCCCCCUCCCUUGCUUCACCUGGGAUCAGGGUGUGUGUAGGAAUGCUGUGGGGUGGGAAACCUAAGUUGGGUUGCAUAGGGUUGAGCUUCGGUUCUUGUGUCAACCCCUGAGCUUUCCCCUGCUGCAGGGCAGCUCCUGCCUCAGCUCUCCCAGUCACGCAGCAAAAUGAGCUGCUGUGGUCUGCCUGGAUGCUUAUCUCCUGCUUCCAGCUGGCCUGGGGGUUGCCCAGAGGAGCCCCUGGCUCCCUCUGCCCUGUGAGCCACACUCAGGCAGCUGAAGGAGCCGUGUAGGACGAGUGCUGCUGGUGGAGCCCAGGCUGUGCAGGAAGCUGAGGAUGCUCCCAGGAGAGCACUCCACAACCCCCAGAGCACCCUGGACUCAAAACACUGGGUUUCCCCCUCUGCUCCUCGCCUUCCAAGCUGUUUUCUGAGUGUGGGGACACAUGGAGACUCCCCUGCCAUGUCCCCCCAGCUGAAGUCACCUCUUUGCUCAGCAGGAUGAAGCCUGAAGCCUCACAGCCCAGGAAGGGCUGGUGCAGGAUCAGGAGCAGCAGGAGCAGCUGAAUCCUGCCCUCCCAGCAGCAGGGGCAGAGCCUGGAGCGUGGCUGCCCCAGACGUGUGCUUGUCCUGUCUGGGUGCUGGGUGUGGAUUGUAUCCCACUGAAAUUCCCCUGGCAGGGAGCAAGGUGCCUGGGUUGUGUUCCCUCUCUGCAGUCACAGCAUCUCAGCUCUCUCCCUGCAAUCCCUGCCCAGACCUGACCUGUCCCAUGGGCUCACUGAAUGUUCCUUCAGGAGAGCUGGCUUUCCAGCUUUGGGAGGAGGGGGCUUUUCUGGCUUUAAGUUAUCCUUUCAUGUUUCCAGAUACUUUGGAAAUGCAGAUUUCCCUGUGGCAGCUCAAUGAAAUGCAUCAGUGCCAAACCAGCACCUUCUUAACAAAACAAGUCCUUUUCCCAGCUUAUUUCUGUGUGUAAUUGGGUUGGUUUGUAUUUUUUGCAGUAUUUAAUGAAUGACUUUGUGCCUUGAUUCAGUAACUCAGCUGGGUGACAAUGGCAUAGAUCACUGUGUUACAUGUUAGUGUGAUUAUUUUUUUUUUAACACUGAGACUGUUUGGUUUGGUUAACUUAUUGCAAAUUGUGCCCUCUAGGACUUGGUCUAACCAGGAUGGUUUCAAUAAAUCCUCUUUUGCAUUGUUUGUAAA